UUUUUUGAAUUUUUUGAAUUUUUGGAUUUUUGAAGGAAAUCGAGGGUUUUGGGAAAUUUGGAUUUUUUUGUGGUCUAACUUGGCUUAUAGAAUGAUUUUUAAAGGAACUGAAGGGUAAGUUAUGAGGUAGAGCAUGCCAAGCGGUUAUGAAAGUUAGGGUUAGGCUUUGACUAGCAAGAGAUAGUGCCAAUAAGCCCAUAAAGAAAGGCUAGCUGCUCAUGGUGCUUUAUUUAUGAGGAAUCUUUGAAAUACGCUAAAAUUUUUAUUUAGUCGAGGAUAAUUUAAAUUAUUUCCAGCCUCUCUUUGUAUGAAUUUUUGUGCUAUCUUUAAUCAAGAGUUAGCUUUCUCUACAUCAAACUAAUGAGGUUUUCUUCUAUGAUGAAGCUCUUUUCAAAUGCUCAAAAUUCUCUUAAGUCUCUAAAGAUAUUAAAGUUAUUUUGAUAUUAUAGCCACUCUUUAUUGAUAAAAUCUCAGUUUCUCCUUCAUUAUUAAUUUUUCUUAGCCAAUCCUUCACAAUUCAUGAUGUAUCUGAAAACCCUAGAGGGUUAUUUCAAUAAUUGUUUAUUUCAAGUUUCUCUGAUUUUUGCUUUAAGAAAAAUGUUCUCCAUUGUUCUGCUUAAAAUCUUCGAAGUUUACUAAAAAUGAUCGGUCACUCUAUUUCGAGGUCAAUAACUUAUACUUUUCUUGUGACCAUCACUCUUAACUCUGAUGUCUUAAUAGCUGCUGUAAAGGUUUAUUGGCAUAAGCCAACUUCAGUAUAAACCUCAGAGUCUAUACAUAAGUUCUGCAGCCUUAUGAGUUGCUAAUUCUACUGAUUUCUAACAUAUUGCAUAGAAACAGAACGCUUGCUCUGUUCGAUCACAGCUCAAAUCGUGAACUAAAUCGAAGCAAUAAGAGUUCAGAUUCUGGGGAGAAAUGCUCUCUGGUGGGCAAGCCAAACCUUUUCAAGUGCUUACUGCUAAAGACCUAUGAGCACAAAGAUCCCAGCAACAUUUGUGGAACUGAAGAGCUUGAGGAGGACCAAAUAAUUGAGAAGCCAUUCAAAAUUAAGGUGAUGAAGAAGUUUCAACUGUUCAUGGACCUUGAGGUUGAGUAUAAUAAAGAGCACUUGCUCAAACCACUACAAAAACUGUUUGUAGAGAAUGAAGAGCUAACUGAAAAAGAAAACAUGCUAGACAAACCUACCAAGUAUUGACUAUUGUAUGCCUCUCAUCACAAUAAGUCUACAAAAGGUAGAAAAAGACUGCCUGCCAAUACAGCAAAAAGUAUGUACGAGCUAAUCUGGAAGUCAGUGAUCCCGCUCUGGAAGCAUAGCCUUAGAUCAAAAGCCAAUCGUAAAGAGCCUACUACUCCCAAAGCACGAUCUGAUACUAUCUGGAAGAAGAUUCUCAGAGAUGUCAGAGAGUUCUACAGACUUUUGUUCAGAUGAAGAUUUCACUAUCUAGAGUACCAUAACGAAGAAGGUGCUCUCAAAUGUGUCAAGGUACUAUUCAAAGAACUUAACAUUCCACUUCAAUUUGACGAAGACCAGCUUCAUGAAGUUUUUGAGUUCCUUCACCAAUCCCAUAAAAUCCGAUUCUUUGGAAGUGAUGCUACAACAGGCUUGCAAACUGUCCUAAACGUUAUUGAAAAAUACAACGAACAUUCCAGAAGUCUCUUCAUGAGAGACGACUUUGGAGCCAGAUUGGUGUACUUUGUAUUCAAGAACUUCUUAAGAGAAUACUGCCUCUUAGUAAAACCUAGGUACCAGAAAGAAAUCACAGAGAAAGUGUGCAUGCUACUAAACUGCUACAGAAAAAUGCGGAGGUAUGUUGACUUGGAAAAGAUAGCCUUCCACUUAUAUUAACGUUGGAUGGAGCAAACAUUCAUUAGCUAUUAACUGAGGUAUGAAUAUCCAAUC